AUGAAGGAACCAUUUGAUGGUGAAAGUGACAAAGCAGUGGCACCACAACAGGAACUUCUGGACAAAAUUAAAGAAGAACCUGACAAUGCUCAAGAAUAUGAGUGUUCCCAACUGCCAAAAACUCAAGAAAGCGAAUUGAAAAUUAGUGCAGUGUUUUCAGGCAAUGACAGUCAUCUUGCUCAACAGCUGACUCCAAGCUUUCAGCACUCUCUUCCAUCAUCUGGUCAAAAUACAUUGCAUUCCUCAGUUCAGGUUUUUUGUUCUGGUUGUAAAAAAAUUCUUUAUAAGGGGCAAACGGCGUAUCACAAGACAGGAUCCAAGCAGCUCUUUUGCUCUACACGGUGCAUCACUGGAUAUUCUUCACCUGUCUGCCUACCAUCUCCUCCUAAGAAAACCUGCACAAACUGUUUGAAAUGUAUUUGCAGUCCAAAGGAUGUGAUCACAACCCGAUCUGAAAACUCUUCUCUUAGCAAAGAUUUUUGCAGCCAGUCAUGCCUAUCUUCUUAUGAACUAAAGAAAAAGCCUGUUGUUACCAUCUACACCAGUAACAUUUCAGCUAAAUGCAGUAUGUGUCAGAAGAAUGCUGAUAUUCGAUUUGAAGUUAAAUAUCAAAAUGUGGUACAUAGGCUUUGUAGUGAUGCCUGUUUUUCAAAAUUUCACUGUACCAACGACCUCACCAUGAACUGUUGUGAGAACUGUGGGAGCUAUUGCUACAGUAGCUCUGGACUUUGCCGGUCUCAGAAAGUUUUUAGUUCAACAAGAGUUAGAGCAUACAAGCAGAAUUCAGCCCAGACUCUUCCAUAUGCCUUGGGGAAAUCAUUGAGACCCUCAGCUGAAAUGAUAGAGACUACAAAUGACUCAGGAAAAACAGAGCUUUUCUGUUCUAUUAAUUGCUUAUCUUCUUACAGAGUUAAGACCAUUAUUGCUUCAGGGGUCCGGGUUGCAUGUCAUAGUUGUAACACUUCAGCAAUCCCUCUGUAUCACCUAGCCAUGUCAAAUGGAACUAUAUACAGCUUCUGCAGCUCUGGUUGUGUUGUAGCUUUCCAGAAUGUAUUUAACAAACCAAAAGGCACAAACUCUUCAUCAGUGCUCCCUUCUCAGGGCCAAGGGGUUGUAAGCCCCCCAGCCAAGUCAGCAGUGUCAGCAGGAGGAGGUAACGCCAUCCACAGCUCGGUCAGUGGCUCUGCUGCAGCUAGUCUCCAGCCUCCUGGUGAUCAGUCCCAGCAAGUUGCUUUACCUCGGACAGUUUCUAUGCUCAAGUGUCAGCACUGUAACCAUCAGUUUGCCAUAAAACCAGAACUUCUUUUCUACAAGGGCAGAAUGUUUAUUUUUUGUGGCAAGACUUGUUCUGAUGAAUAUAAAAAGAAAAAUAAAGUUGUGGCAAUGUGUGACUACUGUAAACUUCAGAAAAUUGUAAAGGAUACUGUGCGAUUCUCAGGCGUUGACAAGCCAUUUUGUAGUGAAGUUUGCAAAUCCCUUUCUGCACGUGAUUUUGGAGAACGAUGGAGAAACUACUGUAAUAUAUGCAGUUACUGUUCACAGACAUCCCCUCAUUUGGUAGAAAAUCGAUUGGAGGGCAAGUUAGAAAAGUUUUGCUGUGAAGAUUGCAUGUCAAAAUUUACAGUUCUGUUUUAUCAGAUGGCAAAGUGUGAUGGCUGUAAACGACAGGGUAAGCUAAGUGAGUCCAUAAAGUGGCGAGGCACCAUCAAAUAUUUUUGUAACCUGGAAUGUGUCAUUGAGUUUUGUCAUCAGCAAAGUACAAGUGAACUUCUUUUACAGAAUAAAGUAAAUAUGUCUAAGGCACAAACUGCAUUGACGGAGCCCCUUUCUUCAAGGAUGAAUUCAACACCAGUUAUAACCAAUGUCAUGUCACUGGCAAAAUUAUCUAUUGCCCAACCUGCAGGGAUCACUAACAGUAUUUUAAAAGGUACAGUUACUAAAGAGGCAACAAAGACCAUCAUUGAAGAUAGAAUUACACAGACAGAUGCCAUGAAACUCCUGUCUUCUCAAUCUUCCCAACCUUCCAGGCUCUUAAAGAACAAAGGAAUAUUGUGUAAGCCUGUCACACAGACCAAGGCCACUUCUUGCAAACCACAUAUGCAACAUAAGGAAUGCCAGACAGGUUUACCUGUGCCUAUUGAGAAAAAUGAUGCAGAACUUGAUUCUCCACCUGCAAAGAAAAAGAGAAUAGGCUUUUUCCAGACUUACGAUGCAGAAUAUUUAAAAGUUGGCUUUAUCAUCAGCCCAGGGUCAAAAGAAAAUUCACCAAGGCCACAGGGUGUCAUUUGUGGGGAAAUUUUAUCCAGUGAACACAUGAAGCCAGCAAAUCUCUCUCAUCAUUUAAAGAUAAAACAUUCCGAAUUAGAAAACAAACCAGUGGAUUUUUUUGAACAAAAAUCUCUUGAAAUGGAAUGUCAAAACAGUUGCUUAAAAAAAUGUCUACUAGUUGAAAAGUCACUUGUGAAAGCAUCUUAUUUAAUUGCUUUCCAAAUUGCUACCAGCAAGAAGCCAUUUUCCACUGCUGAAGAAUUAAUUAAACCCUACUUGGUGGAAAUGUGUUCAGAAGUUUUGGGUUCAAGUGCUGGAGACAAAAUGAAAACCAUCCCACUUUCUGAUAAUACGAUUGGACACAGGAUUGAAGAGCUGGCUGCAGAUGUGGAAGAUCAGCUGGUUCAGAAAGUCAGAGAGUCAAAGUGGUUUGCCCUGCAGAUAGAUGAGAUAUCAGAAAUUUCAACUAUCACCCUUCUUUUGUGUUAUAUUCGUUUCAUUGAUUAUGAUUGUCAUGAUAUAAAAGAAGAAUUACUGUGUUGCAUUGAAAUGCCUUCUCAAGUAACUGGUUUUGAAAUAUUUGAACUAAUAAAUAAAUACAUUGAUAGUAAAUCACUGAAUUGGAAACACUGUGUUGGUCUCUGUACAGAUGGGGCUGCAAGCAUGACUGGCAGGUGUUCUGGUUUAAGGGCAAAAAUUCAAGAAGUUGCUAUGAAUACAGUGGCAUUUACACGUUGUUUUAUUCACCGUGAACAUAUAGCAGCAGAAAAGUUGUCUCCAUACCUACAUGAAAUUCUUUUGCAGUCAGCGCAAAUUGUAAGUUUUAUCAAGACCAAUGCAUUAAAUUCACGUUUGUUAACAAUUUUGUGUGAAGAGAUGGGGUGUGAUCAUGUGAACCUACCACUUCAUGCUGAAGUACGAUGGAUAUCAAGAGGGAGAACUUUAAGAAGAUUAUUUGAAUUACGGUAUGAAAUUGGAAUGUUUUUAAGUCAAAAACACUCGGAUUUGGCAAAGUGUUUCCAUGAUGAGGAGUGGGUUGCAAAGCUGGCCUAUUUAUCUGAUAUAUUUUCACUUAUAAAUGAGUUAAAUUCAAGUCUCCAAGGCACUAUGACUACACUCUUCAGUUUGUAUUAUAAAAUGGAUUUAUUUAAGAAAAAGUUGAAAAUGUGGUUGAGGCGCACACAGGAGAACGAUUAUGAUAUGUUCCCUUCUUUUUCUGAAUUCUCAAUAUCAUCAGAUUUAAAUACGAGAAAUAUCACAAGCAUUAUUUUUCAACACUUGGAAGGACUUUCUCAAAUGUUCGAUGACUGUUACUUACCAGAAGGCAACUUGUGUUCAGGAAACUUAUGGAUAACCAACCCCUUUAUGAAUCACCAAAGUAGUAAUCUCACUGACUUUGAAGAAGAAAAGUUAACACAAUUAUCUUCAGAUUUAGAAUUAAAAUCAGUAUUUAAAUCAAUGCCUGUAACUCAGUUUUGGAUAAAUGCUAAGACAAGUUAUCCAGAACUCCAUGAAAAGGCAAUGAAGUUUUUAUUACCUUUCUCAACUAUUUAUCUAUGUGAUGCUACAUUUUCAGCUUUGACUGAGUUAAAACAAAGAGAUUUGCUGGUUUCUGGUCCAGCCCUAAGACUUGCAGUCACAUCUUUAAUACCAAGGAUAGAAAAGUUAAUGAAGGAAAAAGAAUAG